ACAUAUAACUCAAACGAAAGCCCCCUCUCCCCCAGUGUCUCUCGGGUCUUUGAUUUGUCUGCAUUUUUUGAGCCCAUCCUUUUUCAUCGAUCUUACUUCUACCGUCAUUCGGACAUGGAUCUCGAUCUAAGCGCCCCUCAUUCCAUGGGCACGACCAUCAUCGGCGUCACUUACAACGGAGGUGUUGUUCUCGGAGCCGACUCCCGGACGAGCACUGGUGUGUAUGUUGCUAACCGCGCGUCGGAUAAGAUUACACAGCUAACGGAUAAUGUCUAUGUUUGUCGCUCCGGAUCGGCUGCAGAUUCACAGAUUGUUUCUGACUACGUGCGCUACUUCCUGCAUCAACACACGAUACAGUUAGGGCAGCCUGCAACUGUCAAGGUUUCUGCAAACCUUGUCAGGCUACUAUCCUAUAGUAACAAGAACAUGUUACAAACUGGCCUAAUCGUUGGUGGGUGGGACAAGUAUGAAGGUGGUAAAAUUUAUGGAAUUCCUCUUGGUGGAACAAUAAUAGAGCAGCCUUUUGCGAUUGGAGGAUCUGGCUCUAGUUACUUGUAUGGAUUUUUCGACCAAGCAUGGAAAGAAGGAAUGACCAAGGAUGAAGCUGAGCAAUUAGUGGUGAAGGCAGUUUCCCUUGCCAUUGCACGAGAUGGUGCUAGUGGCGGUGUUGUUCGCACUGUGAUUAUAAAUUCUGAGGGAGUGACAAGAAACUUCUACCCUGGGGACAAACUUCCACUGUGGCAUGAGGAAUUGGAGCCGCAUAAUUCACUGUUGGACAUACUCAACACUUCCAGCCCUGAGCCAAUGAACAUUUGAUCUUAAUGUUGAUAGGCCUCUCUCCUAGCUACACUAUUUAUUUAUCUUUUUGCUACAAUCUCUGUUUUAUGAACAGGAUUUUAAUCUUUUAUCUUGGAUAACUGUUCAUAAUACCAUAUGUGUUGGUGAAUGUAUUUCUGAUUCAAUCUACAUGGGUUUUUUU